UCGUCCGGUCAGUUAUAACGAAUGCACCGACUCGGCGAUUGUUGUAGCAACCGCUUUCGGCGUUAAUAGCAAUGACGUGAAAGUCGUGUGUAUUGUAGUUAGUGAAUAUUAAGGGCGGUUGAAGGGGCGAUGUGUCAGCUAAAAACAGUUUAUCUGCCUUCAACAUACGUUUAACCCCGAGCAAUGUUGUUUAUGGUCGUCUCGGAUAAAGUUAAUUAAAGUAUCAUACCGUAGCUACGUGCUAAAUUAGCAAAGCACUGGAACUCAGCACUGGAUUAGCUGCAGGACCCAACUACGGAAAAUAACGAAAUAAGAAUACGCGCUGUUUUUCCGGAGGUAUUUUAGUUUACACGUUGUCUGACUAAGUAAACAGUUGCAGCCUUAGCAUGUCGGCUGUCAGCAGUCUCGUCCCUGCCCGGUUCCUCACCAUCAUAGCUCAUCUUGUCAUUGUUAUUACCAUCUUCUGGUCGAGGGAAAACAACGUAAAGGCUUGCUUGCCUUUGGACUUCACGCAAGAGCAAUAUGACAAUGAAGACAGAAAGUUGGUAGUCGCAUUGGCAGUCACCCUUGGUCUGUUUGCUAUAGAAUUGGCUGGGUUCUUCUCAGGAGUGUCCAUGUUCAACUGCAGCCAGGGUCUCCUGUCACUGGCUGUCCAUUGCAGCGCAUCCGUCUCCUUGUCCUUCUUUGUGUUUGAGAAGUGGGAAUGUUGGACAUAUUGGGUUAUUUUUGCAGUCUGCAGUGUGUUACCUGCUUUUGUGGAGAUUUUGCUGUUUAUAGCUGUUUUUGGUCUGAAGAAGAAGCCAUUAUGAAAGACAGUCCUGAUGCGUAGUGCUGCAAAAUAGUGAGGACAUGGACGUCUGUCUGAAUGCAUCAACAGCAAAACCAACAGUCAUCAAAGGAAUAUACAAACCACUCUCUGUCUGUGGUGUUUUUUUAAUAUAUAUUUUGAAUGAAAUAGAUGCAGAAUAUUUGUAUGUUUACUUGUAAUAUGUCUGAGUGGUUAGCUUAGAAAGGACAUGUGCCAGGAUGUCAGUUGUAACUUUGUAACUUGGUCAAGAAUGUGCUUAUUUGUCAGUAAAUACUUAUGUAUUGUUCUGUCAAAUUGAUAUGCAGAAUCUCAAAAUCUACUUUAACCCCAAAUACAUUUUGUACACAUUUUUUUAUAA